AUGCCUACGGUUAAGCUGAAAGUGUCAGUGAGGAGUAUAGCAACAGGAGACUACAUCUCUCUUCAUCCGAGUGAUAGUUCAUCACUCUUCAAUGGGGUUCCUCCGGUCAAUGGCCACUUCUGCCAAGUCUUGCAGUCCAGCACGCCUGGGCAGUAUGUGGGCUGGGCAGGGCACGCGGCGUCGGUCAAAGGUGCUGUGGAGGUAUCGAGGCCCUUCGCAUCAGCUUUGGGAUGGACAGAAGGUCAGUCUAUCGAGCUUAGCCCUGUCUCUAUCGAGAGCAUACCCGAAAACACGGGCCCUAUUGUGAUACAACCAUGCAGUAGCGACGACUGGGAAGUGGUAGAGCUACAGGCUGAGUACCUCGAAUCGGCCCUGCUCUCCCAAAUAGCGGUGCUCUUCCCUGGCCUCAAGUUCCCCUUAUGGCCCGAGGGUGGAGGAAAGCCCAUCUUUAUGGAAGCCGUAUGGGAUGAAGAUGAGCAGGCUGGAGGCACUCCCAAGGUGCCAUUCAGAUUGCUCUCUGAGUCUGAUGAGCUCGCGAUCGAGGCCAAGCCAAGGAAGCUGCUAUUACCGGACAUUCGGAAUGAGGUCAAACGAAUGUGCCGAGUUGUUUGUAGCGAAGAAAUGUUUCCUACUGCUAUUUACGACAAAUAUGGGGUCACUUGUGUGCUGCAUUCAACUGCUGGAGUUACUACUGGUAUUGCUCGGCUCGGUGAUGAUAUUGUAGUACCGUCAAUGGUCGACAACGAUUUGGUGGACCCUGGGUACGUCCUGUUGCAUCCCUUGGUGGCGGCUCAUCAUCCCGAAGUAAUAGCUGAGGCUAGUGCAGUAUCGGCUCAGAUGCUUGGUGAUCCAAAAUGGUGGUUGGAUGAGGUUUCGGAGGCCUUCUGUGGCGGUGAACGGUCUAGUUGCCGUACAGUAGUGGUUGAUAAUGGAAUACCAGAAAUUCAAUAUUGUGAUGAAGAGGGCAUCCCAGCUAACCCUGUGGCUCGCAGCACCUCUGAGUAUAUCGACGUCAAGGUCACCUUCCCCGAGCAGUCUGUUUCUGACGUCUGCCUGGUCCUCCCACAAAUGCUUUCCAAAACUGCACCGAUCGGUCUCAACGGGACGAGCCUGAGGGAUGGGGUCCACGUUGGGCUCAGUGCGAGGGUUGAUGGGUCGAUAGUUAAGUCUCCGAAGCCUCGGAGUCCACUACUGUCCUAUAUCCCGUUGGAAACAGCCGGGAUAAUGAGAACUUAUCGUUAUCGACAGUGCUUUGAGGAGCCUCCGCCUUCCCUACGUAAACUAGCUGCGGAGGUAUCAUCUUGUAUAGUUGCUGGUCUGUCUGGUAGGAUGCCUGCAUCCCUACCGGUGCCUGGGGUGGUCGUGACGGGUUGUUCUGGUAGUGGCAAGAGCACGGCGGCUCGCUAUGCUGUUGGCGCCUUGUGCUAUACGGUGGUAGAGGUGGACUGCGCCCAGCUGGCCUCGGCAGAGAGGUUCAAGUUUGCAGUGGUCAAGAAGGCCCUUUUGGGUGCAUUCAAGUUUGCCUGCACCUACGACCCGCCGAGCGUACUGCUACUGGAUGAUGUGGACGUGUUGCUGGGGCUGAGGCAGGAUGGUAAACGACAGGGCGGACCGAGCUCAAUAUGCCAGGGAAGAAGUAGGGUGCUUGCCAGUAUCUUGUGGGAUGUGUUGAACUUCCAUCUUCGGCCUACGCGGUCUCUGAUAAUUUUGGGGACAGCUGAAACUGUUGAUGGCCUGGAAGGACUGUGUUCCUACAUCGUGGCUCUGCCCUCGACGCUCGAUGUGAAGGACCGUCUCGCCAUACUGGGCAACGACCGAGGGGAGGGGUAUACGUUGAAGGAGGUGUCGGUAUUGGCCAGCUCUGGUGUGGAUCUUCGUGAUAGACGACGGGCCGAGGAUAAGGGCAUUGGCCGAGCCUCAUUUCAUAGACUGGGCUAUCUGGGAGGGGCCAGCAUCAAGCAUGCGACAGAGAGACUUACUGAUGCUAUACAACUGCCCCUGAAGUACCCUGCUCUUUGUGGGGCUGUGCUCAUACCGAAGGGGGCGAUGCUGGUGGGACCACCCGGCUGUGGGAAGACGGCGUUAGCGAUGAGCGUUGCUGAGGAAUGUGGCCUACCAGUGGUGGCUGUGCGGGGUCCAGAACUGCUAUCUAAGUACAUUGGUGGUAGCGAGGCUCGGGUGAGGGAGACCUUUGCUAAGGCUCGAGCCAGGGCGCCUUGUGUUUUGUUCUUUGAUGAGGUGGAUGCCCUGUGCCCUGUACGAGGGGCCGAUUCUACUGGCGUGACUGACAGAGUUGUGAAUCAAAUGCUGACCUACCUUGACGGUGUGGAGGUCUCGGAUAGCCCUGUGUUUGUGGUAGCAGCGACGAGCCGGCCUGAUAUGGUGGAUCCAGCACUGUCGAGGCCGGGUAGGCUUGACAUUAGUUUACUAUGCGACAUACCUUCCGGAAGGGAUGAUCUGAUUGAUGUCCUGGAGCAUGCUGUCACCGCCUUCGAAGGUCUCGAGGAAGUCAUCGCUAAGGCCCCAUCUGACUGGGCCAUGCGCCUGAUAGGUCUGCUCUCGGGUGAAGUUGGCUUCACAGGGGCUGACAUCAGAGCGGCCUUGGCUACGGCUCAAUUGAGUAUCGAUGAAGAGGAUCAGGAUGGUUGGGGGGCCCUCGAGGAUGCAUUCGCUAAGCAGAGUGCAUCGGCCCCUCAUGACGUGCUGAGGAGGUACAUCGAUCAGUUUGCGGCCUAUCGGCGGGAUCAGUCCCAUGAGGCAGACCCCUACCAUCACCGUCAUCUAGGCCCCUCUUUCGAUGAUGGGCUCUCGAAUGGUAUGGACCGGAGGCCUGGCAGUCGAGUGGCGUUAGCGUAG